CCCCUGUGGUCAUCAAGAUCUUGAGAUUUGAUUGACUUAAUAAUGGGAUACCGUUUAUAUUUAAAGCCAACGGAUAUCACUCGAAACUGGGAUUUGAUAUCUGGAGAUUAACAGUUCCUGAGUGAUUUUAGAAACAGCUUUAAAAUGAUGCAACCAUUGUAUAUUGUCUUGCUACUCGCCUUCGUCCAUUGCGUGGUAUCUGAUGGAACGGCCAAAGUAAAGCAAGCUAAUCAGCCAGCCUACCAAUCAGUUCGUCAACCAUAUUACAGACAAUAUGACGGAGGCAGUGCUAGUUACGAUUACAACAACGCCAACGCCAACGCUUACCGAAAUUACGACGCUGGACGCUCAGGAUACGCUUACUAUCCUUCUUCAUCUUAUGAUACCAAUUCCCAUUACCUUCACCUAUCAGGAGGAGUCUACAGGCCAUACGACUACGGCUACUCCUCUUACGGUGCUGGAUACAGGCCAUAUGCCUAUGACAAUGCCUACAACAACUAUUACGACGGUUCAUCAAGUCAAUACGUAGGACAUCCUCAAGUUCAAUAUGGUGCAUCCUACUAAGAUGUUAAGAACCUGAAACAUUCUGUGAUGUCAUAAUGAAAAGCAUCAUCACCAUUCUACAGUAAACAUCAUAUUCAACUAAGCCAACAUUUUAUUGAGCUUAUUUUUGUUAAUGAUUUCAAACAAUUAAAUUUUUUUUCUUCAUGAAUAUGCUUUUUUCCCACUAUUUUUUUGUAAAAAAAUAAAUAUUUCUUU